AGGGCAUAACUCACACUACACACCCAUCUCUCUCGAUUCGGAAACACAAAAUCGUCUCGAACUUUAAGCCACAACCAAAAGGAGCGGCGGAAAUGGCGUCGGCAGCGGCAGCAGGGGCGGCAGCAGCGGCGGCGUCUUCCCUCCUUACUUGCCACUACAAAGCCCAAACUCAGGCAAUCUUGCCUCAUAACUCAGCCCCAAACUCCACCUCUACCGCCUUUACCAACUCCUGCAUUAGAUCUGGUAAAUUUAAAAAAGUUAAGCUACAAAGCGUCCCAGUGAAACGAACCCACAUCUUGAAUCAGCUCUGUUCUUCUUCUGAUCCAUGCGUGGGCUCGGAUUCCACAACCAUUGAAUCUCCUCCUCUGAGGAUCGGGAUCAUCGGGUUUGGAAACUUUGGGCAGUUCAUCUCCAAGGCCUUCAAGAGACAAGGCCAUAUUGUCUUGGCCACCUCUCGCUCCGACUACUCCGACUACUGUCAACAUCACGGGAUCGAGUUCUACAGCAACAUCGACGCCUUAUGUGAAGAGCAACCAGACGUGAUAGUGGUGUGUAGCUCCAUCUUAUCGACGGAGACGGUGGUGCGUGGCAUCCCCAUGCACAAGCUCAGGUCUGAUACCAUCUUCGCCGACGUCUUAUCGGUUAAACAGUUCCCUAGGAACCUAUUCCUUGAGGUACUUCCGCCGGGAUUUGGUCUGGUCUGUACUCAUCCGAUGUUUGGACCGGAGAGUGGGAAACACGGUUGGGCCGGAUUACCGUUUGUUCACGAUAAGGUUCGGAUUGCCAAAGACACGGUUCAGGAACAGAGAUGCGCGCAGUUCUUGAGUAUUUUUGAACAGGAGGGUUGCACAAUGGUGGAGAUGUCGUGUGAAGAGCACGACCGGCAUGCCGCCGGCAGCCAAUUUAUCACACACACCAUUGGAAGGAUCUUGUCUCAUCUAAACUUGGAGUCCACACCCAUCAAUACCAAGGGCUACGAGACUCUCUUGCAAUUGACUGAGAAUACGGUCAGUGACAGCUUCGACCUUUACUAUGGGCUGUUCAUGUACAACGUUAACGCCACAGAGCAGAUUGAGAAUCUGGAUAGAGCAUUUGAAACGGUGAAGCAAAAGCUAUUUGGGAGGCUCCAUGAUAUACUGAGGAAACAGAUAGUAGAGAGGGUCCCACUACAAGGGACCUCAUCAUCAGCAUCAUCAUCAUCAUCAACAAAGGCCCCAAGGGACCAGAAGCAGACCCCUUACUUCUUACCUAGCAGCCAAAAGAUGAAGGACCUCUCCUCCUUUGCCAUGCCUCCUCUUCCACGAGAAAAUAAAGAGGAUGUAAACUUAGCUGCUUCACACCCUAACGAGACUAGUUUGGUCCCACGUUAGACAAAUCUGGGUCAUUCGUUGAAGAGUUCAAAACAAUCCUGGCCAUCCCAUUUCAUUGUGUUAA